GACCCUUGGCAGCGAGCGGUGGCAAAAUGGCGGCAUAAACAAUUUAGUGUGAUGGAUCCCGGAGCGAAAAGAAGGCAGAGGCUUUUGCGCAUGCGCGGUUUUGGCUAAUGACCGCUCAGCCGGCUGCCUGACAGGGAAAAGCAGGAAGGAGUUCUGUGGGAGUUUCUUUCUCCCUCAACCCCGCUUCCAAUGGGACUUUAAUCCGACAUCCUCGAAGCCCAGGAUGCUGAGAAGGGUUCCCCGCGCUGAGAGGUGGCUCUGGCUGCUCCUCUUCGUUGCCUUGCUGUGGAGGAGGGAUGGCAAGGCCUCCAGGAGCCCGCUAUGGGCGACCAGCCUGAGGGGAAGUUGGCAACUGAGCAACGCGAAUGGCUCGCUGGUCCUGAGAGGGGACGUCCCUGGUUGCGUCCACACGGCUUUGCUCCAGCAGGGGCUCAUCCAGGAUCCCUAUUACAGAUUUAAUGACUUGGCCUAUGCAUGGAUUGCUCUGGAUAACUGGACAUACAGCACAACAUUCAAAAGUCCUUUUGACAUCAGCAUGUGGCAAAAAGUGAGUUUGGUCUUUGAGGGACUGGAUACCAUAGCACAGGUUUUGGUCAAUAAUGUCACUGUUGGGAAGACGGACAACAUGUUCAACCAAUAUAGGUUUGAUAUUACUGAUGUCAUCAAGGAGAUUAAUGCAGUUCAAGUUCAAUUUUUGUCCGCUGUUUGGUAUGCUGCAGAGCAGAGUAAAAUUCACAAAGCAUACCAGGUACCUCCAGAAUGCCCUCCACCUGUACAGAAAGGACAGUGUCAUGUUAAUUUCAUCAGAAAGGAGCAGUGUUCUUUUAGCUGGGACUGGGGUCCUUCUUUCCCCACUCAGGGAAUUUGGAAAGAUGUUAGAAUUGAAGCAUAUAAUCUUUGCUAUCUGACCUAUUUUUCUGUGAUUCCUCACUAUGAGCAAAAUACUCAGCAGUGGAGUCUUGAAAUAGAGUCAGAUUUUGAUGUCAUCAGCUCAAAGCCUGUUUCUGGUCUUGUGACAGUGAGUAUUCCUGAGCUGCAGACACAGCAAACAUUCACUGUGGUGCUUCAUCCUGGGGAAGGCCACAUUGAGCUGCCUGUAAACAUAAAUAAGAAUGUGACUGUGAAGACUUGGUGGCCCAGAGGACAUGGAAACCAGGCAGGAUACAGUAUGACAACAAUGUUUAACAUGGAGGGAGAUUAUAAGAUUAAGAAGUUUUCAAAGGUUUAUUUCCGAACAGUAGAACUGAUAGAAGAGCCCAUUCUUGGGUCGCCAGGUUUGAGUUUUUAUUUCAGAAUCAAUGGACUUCCAGUUUUUGUGAAGGGAUCCAACUGGAUUCCAGCAGAUUCCUUUCAAGACAGAGUGACACCUGGCAUGUUAAGGAUUCUCUUGCAGUCAACAGUUGAUGCCAACAUGAAUAUGCUUCGUAUUUGGGGAGGAGGUAUAUAUGAGCAAGAUGAAUUCUACGAUAUCUGCGAUGAACUGGGAAUUAUGAUUUGGCAGGACUUCAUGUUUGCUUGUGCCCUUUACUCAACUGACCAGAGUUACUUAGACUCAGUAAGAUCUGAAAUUACUCACCAGAUGAAGCGGCUAAAAUCUCACCCAUCUAUUAUUGUGUGGAGCGGGAACAAUGAAAACGAAGCAGCUAUUGCAGCCAACUGGUUCUCCAUUCCACAUGCAAAAAUGAGCAUUUAUGUGAAGGAUUAUGUCACACUUUAUGUCAAGAAUAUCCGAGAAAUUGUUCUUGCUGAGGAUAAGAGUCGCCCUUUUCUUCCCUCAAGUCCUACUAAUGGCGUCGAGUCAGUUAAGGAAGGCUGGUUGGCCCAUAAUCCUUACGACACCCAUUACGGAGAUGUUCAUUACUACAACUACCAGAGUGACUGCUGGAAUUGGACCACAUACCCCAGGGCACGGUUUGCCUCAGAGUAUGGUUUCCAGUCUUGGCCCUCCUUCAGCACCUUGGCACAGGUAUCAUCUGAGGAGGACUGGUCCUAUGAGAGCAAUUUCUCUUGGCAUCGACAACAUCAUGCAGAGGGCAAUGAGCAAAUGCUUCUACAGGCAGGCCUCCAUUUUAAGCUUCCUCAGGAAACAGACCCCAUCAAGAACUUCAAACAUACAAUUUACCUCACUCAGAUUAUGCAGGCGCAGUGCAUAAAAUCCGAAACAGAGUUCUAUCGUCGCAGCCAAAGUGAAAUUGUCAAUGGGGAGGGACGGACCAUGGGUGCGCUGUAUUGGCAACUCAAUGAUAUCUGGCAAGGUCCUUCCUGGUCUUCUCUGGAAUAUGGCGGCAAGUGGAAAAUGCUCCAUUACUUUGCCCAGCAUUUCUUCGCCCCAUUAUUGCCUGUGGCACAGGAAGAUGAAGAUGUCCUCUACAUAUAUGGUGUCUCAGAUCUUCACUCAGAUCACAAGGUGACCCUCAGAGUCAUUCUGUAUGAUUGGAGUGGGAUGGAGCCCACAUGUACCUUGGCUAAAGAAGGUGUGGUUGUUAAGGCCAGGAGUGCUGCACCCAUCUAUAAGGAGCCAGUCAAUGAGCUUCUGAAAAGAUGCGGAAACUGUACCAGGAAAAGCUGCGUCGUCACCUUUUCCCUUGAGGGCCAAGACCAGCUCUGCAAUCCAAGCAAUCACUACUUUUUGUCCUCUCCAAAGGAUGCGGUGGGACUAAAAAAUCCACAACUUCAUGUUUCCGUUUCCCAAGGAGGAGAUCACUUUCGUCUUCUCCUAGAGGCAACAGCUAUUGCUCCCUUUGUUUGGUUGGAUGCUGGGAACAUCCGAGGAAGAUUCAGUGACAAUGGUUUCCUUCUCACAGAGAAACAAAAAGUCAUAUUGUUUUAUCCCUGGGAGACCAUUAGUGCCAAGGAGCUGGAAAAGUCACUCAGCUUAACAUCACUGACAGACAUUUCCUGAGGAAUCUUUGCAGCAGCAGAAAGGAAGACCAUUAAAAACAGGAAGCUUUUGCAGGGAUGUAAUUCAGCAUCAAUACAUGAAACAGGACCAUUAAACAUUGUUCUUAAGACAGCACGUUACCCAUGUGGGAUCCCUCUCUUCAGUGGCCUGAAACCAGGAAAAGAUCUAUACAUCUUUAAAGCGAGUCUGUUUCACAUCAGAUAAACAUGUAUGCUAAAAAAAGCCUUAUGAGAACAAUGAAAUGGAGUAUAUUGUGUGCUUUGGGGAGCUAUUUACUUCUAUUUUUUUGGUAUGCCAGAAUCAAAAUGUAUAUUUCUGAUGGUAUGCUGCUGCUGAAACAAACCAGGGGUCUGAACUAAUGCACACACAAAUAGUGUCCAAAUUACAGGAAAACUGCUGCAUUUCCCAUGCUUGUCUUACACAUUUGUCAAUAAAUUUUCCCAGUUUUUUUGUGGUAAAAUUAGGUGCCUCGGCUUAUAUUCGGGUCGGCUUAUACUCAAGUAUAUAUAGUAAUUAAAAGACCUCCAUUACAUUUGAAAUACUGCCCCUUCUGCCUGUGUGGAGUAGUGACAUUUGUAACAUGUCAGAAAGGUUGUAUAAGGAUUACAGAACUCCGGGUACCACUAAUACUUUAUAGAUUGGGCCUGGUGUCUAUGUAUCAAAAGAGGAUAAGAAAGUGGUCAGGAUUCAAGUGAUGAUGGUUAUAAAAAGAGUGUCUUGCUUUUUAAUAAGUCAACAAAAUUAUUAGAAGAAAGGCUUUCAAGUCAGAAUUUCUAAGUCUGGCACCUUAAAACACUGUUUAGAAGAUGGAUGUUGAAGACAGACUGGAGAAAGAGAGGGAAAUAUGGCAAUGGGAGUAUCUCCUCUUAUAGGCUCAUUUCCAUCCCUGUCUUCCCCUUUUUAAAGGAUGCCUUAAGGUCCCAAAAAUGUGUACAAUCCUGCCUGUGGUUUCCUUGCCAAUCCAAAACAGUGCCUUGCUGAAGGCCAAGAUAGCUAUUCAAUGGAAUCUGUAUCAUUAGAAAGAUUAACCCGUUUCCUUUUGUUUUCUAAAAUAGGGUUUUCCUCCGAGACAUCUGCCAUAGCAGUAACACUGGCAAAUGUAAGCCCUGUGGCCGAGAUCCUGCAUUGGGAGGCAGAGCUAUGAUGAUGUAGCCAAGUUUCUGUAGCUACAUCCCCUAAUGAUUAACCUAUCAGCACUCUGCCCUGCUCUCCAGCACCUUUAAAUUUCUUUUUUGGUGAGGGGCAGGGCUGUGUGGCUGAAUGGACAGGUUUUGGGGAACUCUUUUUGUUUUGGGGAUGAUGCAACAACUGUAAAAGUAAAUUAGUAUAAUUACCAUGUAAUAUGUCAGGCAUGCAACAUUGCAGUUAAUGAACAAGAUACCAGCCAAUGAUGAUUGGCUAUGAAAUGACCAAACACAACAUGCAUGCUAAUUGGAGAGUUUCUUGAGAAGGAUAAUCAUGUGUUGCAACAAACAGGUGUCUUCCACUACUUGGGAGCACCUCAGCCAAAAAUGUGCUAGAUGCUGUCUAGUUAGACACGGACAUACAAGUAGAAAUAGGUUUGUUUCAAACUAUCCUUUUAGAAAAGAGAUACUGCAAACAUCUAUCACUUUUGGUUGUAAUCUGAAAAAAUUAUGCAAGAAUGUAGCUUCUUGUUUUUCUCAGGUGUCCUGGUAAGGGGAAAAUACCUCAUGGUGUAGUUGGUUUACUUCUGUCUUUAGAACAAUUCUUGUUACAUUCUAAUGGGAGCAAUUAUUGGAAAGCUCUGAUAUGAUGUAUGUUUCAGAAAAGAAAAGAAAAACACUGGAAAUCGUCUUCAUUUUGUAUUUUAUUAUAAAAGUAAAAUAAAAAAGCAAGCAUUGAAAAGGCA